AUGGCAGACAAGUCGACCCCAACAAAAGAAGAGCGUGGCAUCGAGAAAUUACAAGCGCGAGUUGGUGAGUUAUCGACUCGACUCGCGGAGUCGCGCCGAUUGAUGUUGCAGUAUUGUCCGGAGUAUUUAGACAAAGAUGGGAACAUCAAACCGAAGAAUGAAAGGAAGAAAAUUGACAAAGAGAAGAAGCCGAGACCGCCGGUGACAUCAGUGAAGCGGACUAAAGCACUUGACAAAAGUGUGUUGUGCAACUUUGGAAAGACUGCGAAAGGGAGAAAUGUGAUCACAAGACAACUUACAAAGACAGCUCUUGAACUUGACAAUUUUGAAUUCAAUAAUCCGUUAACGACAGAGAGAUAUCAAUUUAAGAAAGACGAAUUUAUAAAGUGUUAUGGCUGUAAUAAAAUCUGUGCAUCUACCCAUCCCGUGUAUGUGUAUUCCUGUCAUGACUGUGGCGAGUUGUUUCAGAAGAACAGAGAGCUUACACGAGAUUUGAAGAACACUGUCAGUGUAGUUAUUGGGUGUCGAACUAAAUUGGGGCAUCAAGUCACAUUGAAACUGUUGCGAGCCGGGUCGACUGUAGUCGGGACAACACGAUACCCAGAAGAGACUUUGAAGUUGUUUAGUCAAUACCACGACUACGAGACUUGGAAGGACAAUCUAGACAUUUACUCACAAGGGUUAGACCUUGAUACCGACAACCAGAGUGUCGUCUUUGCAGCGUUUGCGAAGUAUUUGCAAGAGAAAUAUGGUCAUCUCGACAACAUGAUCUUCUGUGCUGCGCAAACCAUCCGAGUGAGAGAGAAAGAGCGCAGUCGUGUGUUAAGUGAAAUAGAAGAAACGAAUCGAUAUGGUGAUGCAAAGUUUGUGAAAGAGACAAAUGUCAACUCGUGGGCAAUGACCAUCGACAAUUGGAAUCAAAAGGAGAUGGAAGAAGUUAUUCGGGUGAACUCCGUCGCACCAGCAAUGAUGACACAAGCCCUCUUACCCUUACUGAAACUUUCAUUAAUGACCCCGUACGUCAUUUUUGUUCAUGCACGGGAAGGCUUAUUUAACGUUCACAAGUCGAAGUAUCAUACUCACACUAAUAUGGCAAAAGCUGCCUUAGCUAUGUUAACUGCUUGUCUUUGUGCAAGUGGCUUACAAACAACAAAAGGAUUGGAUUUUAGUAUUCAUGGGUGUGACCCGGGGUGGAUCUCCGUCGAUGAGUAUUAUGAGACAUCCAAACCCUGGGAUAUCCCCCCACUUGAUGAAGUCGAUGGGGCUUCACGGAUCCUCUACCCACUUUUUGCACGUCUUCCAAGUGAGCCGUUGACCCGUCGGCAUUACACGCAGUUGCUUAAUUGA